AUGGAUGCAGGCUUAUCAACCAUGGCACCAAGAAACGGUCAGUCUUCCGCAAGAGUUAAAUUAAGAAACAAUCUCUUGAAUAGUGACAUAGGAGACAUUGACAUUCGAGAUGAGAGUCCAAUUUCAAAAAGCGACAAUGAUAGGAAUAACAACAACCAACCUUUUUCCAUGUCUCUACAGCAGCAACAGCAAUACUAUGGUAAUGAUAUCAACGAAGUUCCAAUGCAAAUGCCACUGCAGCAACGUCAGAUUCCGAUUCAAAUGUACUCACAGCAGCAACGCCAGCAACAACAAUACAAUCUCGGGUAUUCUAAUCCACCCUUGAACGGGAUACCGGUAUCACAGCAUAAUUUUACCAAACCAUCACCGAGCAGUAAUCACAAUGGUGUUAAUAGUAAAAAGGCUUCCUCUUUAACCCAAAGCUCAUUUUCCAAUUUUUUCAAACAUAAACAUCAAUUUGGGAAAUCGAAGAAGAACGCAAAGGGAGUGGGAGAUGGUGAUGAUGACGAGGAAGUUAUCCUAGAAGACUCCGCAAAUGCAGACCUAACAUUUAAUGAUAUUCAAACACUCGGUCACAAAGGUGGUGACAAAUAUGGAUAUGGUGGCGAUUCGGCUCCUAUUAUCCCCACAUUAGUAACUAGAGAUCGCGGGACUAUGAGUAAUACAGAGUACAGGAAAUAUAUGACUAAUCAAAAGAAAACUGCAAUGAAUGCUAUGGCAAAACAGACAAAAAAUGGUGGUGCAGUCUCACUGCCACCCCGAGCAAUGUCUUUGCAAAGUUUCCCCAAUGGUAACCCUUUAAUGCAAGCACCCGCUCCUCAUCCAAACUUUCCACCAAAUAACAUGGUGGGUCCCAAUUAUUCAAGAGCGAAUUCACUGAUGACUGGCCCUCCCAGACAGUUCCAGCAACCGCAACAACAACAAAGAAUGCCACCGAUUAAUUAUUACAACAAUCGCCCAGGUCAGUUCCAAAAUACUACUCAGCCAGUUAUACGUACUGGCCAACAACAACCUCAACAACCUCAACAACCUCGCACCAUGUCAUUGACAAAUGCCCCAAGAUAUUCGCCCCAAAAUCCUACACCAUUCGUACUUCAACAGCAGUUAUCACAAAGGCAACAACAACCCCAGCAGAUGUCGGAAAACUAUCGUACAAUGUCACUACAAACUCAAAAUGUUCCCCAAGGUUUCCAACAGUGGACUUCAAGUGACAAUAAUGCUAGAGCUGUACCCAUCAGGAAACCAGCCGAUCAAUCUCCAAUUUCUUCAAGAAAUAACUCAGCUCACUCAAUACCAAUACCGAGCAUACAAAAUAAAUCAUCAAGUACAUUUUCCUCUUCUACAUCUUCCAUAGAUGCUACAGCAAUCCCUGAUUUAAAAAAACAGAGAUCUUCGCCAUUAAAGAAACAAAUAAACAACAAUCAAACCAUUGUAGAAAAGGGGAAAUUAAAUGUUUUACAGUUAUCUGCACCUCAGCAAAAAGAACUAAAGGAAAAAGAGACGAAACUAGCUGAAAUGGAGAAAUCUUUACGUGAGAGGGAAAUGCUAAUAGAAGAAAAGGAACGAGCUAGGAAAAAUGAUGAAACAAGUGGAGCCUACGAAGCUUCACAUAACUCAGAUGAUUUGAAUCUAAGACCUACAAGCGCGUUAGAAACAGGCUUAGGAGAUCUUACAUUAGAUGGUGAAGGUGUAGCGGCCAAUAGAGCAUCCCUGGUGACUUUUUCGUCAACAUUUAGUGAUUCUCCCUCCAAGCAGAGAAUCAUCAACACUAGGACUGGUAUGUACAAACUAGAAAACUCUACCGAUAUUAAUGAAUACGUGACGGCACAGGAGUUUCCUUCGCCUGAACAACAUAGCGCCAAUGUAGAUAAUGAUGAAGCUAACGCCAUUAACGGAGCCGAGUCGAAUAAUAGUAAUAGUAAGAGAGCUUCUUUUUUACACUCAAUACCGGAAAGAGAUCCCAAAAGAAACAUUUCAGAUUCUACCAUUAGGCGCCGUCAGUCCGAUGAUAAUGACAAAAGGAUAAGCAAUGUCAACAUAUCCAUGAAUCAAGAAAAUAUCAACAAUGAUACUUUCUUAUAUAAGAAAAAUAAUCGCGAUGGCCACUUGUCAGCAGCUUCAUAUAUGUCUAGCUCUUCGCGAAAAUCACUUAUUUCUAAUACGCUACCCUUGAAUAUCGAUUCUACGUCUGAAUCCGAUAAUUUUAUACCACAUAUGGAUUGCUCACCCUCCAAAAGGGAAGUUUCCACAGCUAAUCACGGUAAGGGCGACACAAAUGUUUCUGAAGAGGACUUCAGUUUUGAUAAUACCUUGGCAAAAACAUAUGAACCAUUAUAUACAAAAAGAGGAGACUUGACUCACGCCAUUUCAACUGAUGGAGAAAAGGGCUCCGAGUCCAAGAUGAUAACAAUUUCUGGUGAACAGUUGAAUUUGAUCACAGAAAACAAAGAACUGAUGAAUGAAUUGACACUUGUGUCCACCGAACUAGCCGAAUCGAUAAAAAGAGAAACUGAAUUGGAAGAGAGAAUACGGCUAUAUGAAACGGAUAACUCAACGCCCAAUUUUGACAAUUCUUCAAGUGUAUCUUUUUCUGAUUUUGAAAAGGAACUAAGGAAAAAGUCUAGCAAAAUUGUCCAAUUGAUCCAACAAUUAAAUGAGGAGAGAUUAAAAAGAUUCAUUGCUGAGGAGCAACUAUUACUUCAAGAAAACGGCACCAAACCCAGUUCUAUAGAAUUGGUUGGAAGAAUUGAAAAUUUGAAUAAGCUUAUCGAUGAGAGAGAUUCUGAAAUUGAAAUGCUUAAAGAUCAUUUGCAAUAG